GAAAGUGUACAGAUAUUCUCCGAAUGCAAGAUAUCGUGGUGGCAUGCUCAACUCGUCUUGAUUUCAUUCAUCUUAACGAUUGUUAACAUUUGUAACGUUUUUAAUAGCUUUUUAAAUAGCAUAUUAUCUUAUUACGCCAUGGUGUGCGCCUGGUUAGGGCUAUUCCCAUAGAAUAUAAUCCAUUCUAUGUCUAUGGCUAUUCAAACAGGGAGAACGCUGCCAGCGAUAGUCAAAUUGUUUGCUGAGCUGAGACGAAAAUGUAGGAUGUGUCCCAGGAUUGAACGGUUUUGGUUAUGGCUAAACGGAUUCUAUUGCUCUACUCUGCUUAAACGCGCCUUCUGGCGUUUAAUUAUACUCCCCAUACAUGCUUGGAGAUUGAUCAUCCCAAAUUGUCCUCCUGAUCAUCCAGAACUCAUUCAGGACACCAACGAGUACUACUGCGAGUACGACUCAACAUGGGAAGAUCCAACAAGUGAAGAAACAAGUCGUAAGAGAACCAACAAUUACACCAUUCGGUCAACAAGGCAACGAGAUGAUAGGCGUAUGCCUAAUUUACAGUUCUACCUUGGACAGAGGGCCUCCUCCCCUGAUGGAAUCUACAUUGAGGACUUUCACAAUAACUGGUAUGGGAAAUAUUCAAAACUGGAAAGAGUUCACUCAUACAUACAAUGGUUGUUCCCUCUUCAAGAACGAGGAAUGAAUUAUCAAGCCAAAGAACUCACCAAGAAGGAAAUUGAGGCUUUCCUUCAAGAUGAAACUGCGAAGAAGAGGCUGGUCAAGUCGUACAAGCUCAUGCUGGACUUCUACGGCAUCCAGCUGUCAAAUGACACAACAGGGGAAGUACGACGUGCUAAUAACUGGCGUGACAGAUUUGACAACCUGGACAGACAUACACACAACAACCUGCGCAUCACCCGCAUCCUGAAGUGCCUGGGCACUCUGGGGUUCCCCCACUACCAGGCCCCACUCGUCCGCUUCUUCCUGGAGGAAACUCUUGUCAAAGGCAACCUGUACAAUGUGAAGGAGAGCGUGCUCAACUACUUCAUUUCUGCUGUCAUUGUUCAGCAAAAACGCAAGGAAUUAGUUGAGUAUGCCUAUAAGCUCUAUGAGGUCAAACAUCAGUUUGUCGUGCCCUAAGAAGAUCAAGUGUAAAUUUAGGGAAGGGACAUUCCCACAUAAUAAGAACCCAAUUGAUCUGUAACCAGAUCCAAAACAGAAUGGCAUAUACUCAGAUGACAGUGAUGACAACACUACCAGUCAUUAGUCUGUCUCACUAUGUUAACAAGGGUAAGCCAACGGAUAGGAGUGUAAUGGGAAAUUAUGUUAGUGACUUAGUGCGAUUGGGGACGCCAAACAAUGUGUGGUUGACACGGGUAUCCAUACCUCAUGAUAGCUUGCGUGGUCUAGCGACUAGUUACACUUAGAGAAACAAAGGUACCAGUCAGGCCUCAAUGACUACUAGUGGAAGGAAUCAAAACACCAGUGCUGAUUCAUCCUCUGAGAGUCUACCAAUUAUGCAAAAUGAUACUGCUCAGUCCAGUUAUGAGGUUUUUGGUAACGGGAGCUCUUUAACUAUCCACCUACUCUAGCGCCCCACUACUGAUUCUCUGAAAAUAAUAGCUGCAGCUAUUAAGCAAUCUGAAUGUGGACCUAGUGGUGUAGUUUCAGAGACAAUUACCGAUGAUCGGAGAAAGCGAGCUAGACAUAAGCAAACAGAGCAUAACCUUAAACUUAGAAGAGUUUCAGAGGAAAAGACUAAUAAAGAUGAUGAUGAUAGAAACAAUAAGGGAGCUGCAGAAAAGCAAGAAGAGAGUGAAUCAAGCAGAGAGGUUUCAGAGGACAAUAUUAGUACGUCCAGUGAAAGUUAAUUGAGUAAGAAACCUGAAGAGAAACUGCCAUGCCCAGCAAAGGAAAACUUACUCCAGGGAAAGAUUGCGUGUUUGAGAUAAUGUGAAGAUUGAUUUGAGUAAUCACCCAUGCCCUGCACUAAUGAAGGGAGAAAUAACAAGUAUGACCGGGGAGUGUGAGCGGUUCGCCGGGGGAGUGUGAGCCCGGCGAACCGGCUGGGGCGUGGGAGCCCGACGAACCGGCUGGGGCGUGGGAGCCCCGGCGAACUAGCUGAGGCCUGACGUGGGAUGGGCGCCUCCUGAGCCAACCGGGACAAGAAAACCUCUCGAGCCAGCUAGGGCGUGGAAGCCCGACGAGCUGACUUAGGCACCCCCGAUUCCAUCAGCGGCGGCCCCCGGACCCAACGUCACCACCAACCGGAAAGCCAGCACUCCCCGAUGCUUCAUAUGAUGGCUUCGGGAUUCUGUAGGACGGACGCUGGAGAAGAGAAGCAGGUACGGGGAGUAGAACAUUCAAUAUGGAACAGACAUCAAACAGGACAGAGACAAAAGACAAACCAACAUGAAUCCUGAAGCAGGGAACAAAGCUUGGGAACAUACAGAUAUAGGGGAGGUAAUGACCCAGGUGAUUGAGUCCAGGUGAGUCCAAUAAUUGCUGAUGCGUGUGACGGGGAAGGCAGGUGUGCGUACUGAUGGUGGCAGGAGUGAGUAAUGCUGGGGAGCCUGGCGCUUUUGAGCAGGAGAAGGCGUGACAAGAGAAUAAAUGUUAAUUGACUUAUUUUUUUUAUGUUUCAAUGACAAUUGUCAACUGCAAUUAGCAAUACUAUAGAUACUAGGGUUGGUGUCAAUUCCAUUUUAAUUCCAGUCAACUCGAGAAGUACACUGAAAUUCCAAUUAUUUUCAACGCUUAUAAAUGAGGAAAAUUUGGAAUUGGAAUUUGGUUUACUUCUGAAUAAUAUUAACUGGAAUUAAAAUGGAAUUGACCCCAACCUGAUAGAGACAACCAAUCAGUGCUUUACUGCUGAACAUACAAUCACAUACUGUUUCCAAUGACUUCAUACUAUAGCAAUCAAUGUGUUUAAAAUUCUCACAAUAUCCAUUCCAGAUAUAUGGUUUAUUAUCCCUCUACUUUUUUAAAAUUGUGAUUAAAAAGAUACCAGCGGGUAUCAAUUUGUAUGUACACAAAUUCAUUCAUAUUUAUGUACCAAGGAAGGUGAAGGAGUUAAUCAGUUACUUCCAUGUGAUGCUUAGACAGAAGAAAAGUAUACGUAAUAUAUAAAUAACAUGGUAUCAUAAACUCAGUUGAAUUUAAAUUACCUCAAAAUCAGUUUUUUCAAAUGUGACAAAAAAUCAUAAAAUAUGAAAAUGACUACAAAGAUGUUCAGAACUUUCAACUACAAGAGCAUUGUACUUUCAAAUCCUUAAUUCCCAAUAACAUCUAUUUGCAUACAGUUAUGAUGCUGAAAGUGAAAGUCACAGUGUGAUUAAUUUACUACAGUGAAAAGUUGUCCACAAAAGAAAACAGUAGCUAGGUUUCCAUCCAAUUGGCGACAAAUUUUCGUGUGAAUAUUCUCAAAUCUGCAUAAAAACAAUAUGCCCAUUUUCCCACCAGAUAUGUGUUUCCGUCAAAUUGACUUGUUGCAGAUAAAAGGUUGUGCGUGAUGACGUACUGCGCAUAAAAAAUACAUUUUGUGUUUAAAUUCCCAUGCACCAAAUACAUUUUGUGUUUAAAUUCCCAUGCACCAAAUACAUUUUGUGUUUAAAUUCCCAUGCACCAAAUACAUUUUGUGUUUAAAUUCCCAUGCACCAAAUACAUUUUGUGUUUAAAUUCCCAUGCACCAAAUACAUUUUGUGUUUAAAUUCCCAUGCACCAAAUACAUUUUGGGUUUAAAUUCCCAUGCACCAAAUACAUUUUGUGUUUAAAUUCCCAUGCACCAAAUACAUUUUGGGUUUAAAUUCCCAUGCACCAAAUACAUUUUUUUAAUGUAAAUGAGUUUCCCUCACAAUUUCAACUCUACUGAUGUUUGAUUUAUAUAGUCUGGUAUUGGCACGUGCGCUCUAGCCAACAGUGCUAUCUGCGCCUUCUUGACUAGAGUGCACGUAUAGCCUACAUGAUGAGAUUAUUAUUAUGGACAAAGGAGCGAGAUUAUUUGUCAGGUGGCAGCCAAACAUCGAUUAUCAUGUCACCAGAAUAAGAUCCUCGAUAUUUUGGAAAGGAGGAUCAAGCUGUAGGAUCUUGCAAUUUCACCACCCUGUGAAGUUCAUCAUAAUUGAUAUCAAUAUUUGCAGACAUAAAAGCAUUUCCAUCGACAUUUCUCGCGUAUUUCAUUUUACAGACACAAAAAGAUCCAACCUUGUGUAGUGUAUUUGUUUUGUGGACAUUUGAAAAGUUUACACAAAAGUUUACACAAAAAUCUUUAUUUUUCCAUCAGGCGUUUCCAUCAGACGUGUUUUAUCCGACAUUACUUGCAUAAAAAGGUUAUUGCAAUGUAUUUUUGUCAGUUUCCACUUCUGCAGUUUUAGCACUCUCCUUCGGGACGUUAUUUUUUGUAAAUUCUUUGCUCUUGCUCCUGUCCCAGCGGUCUCUGUGUUUGUCCCCAGUCUUGUGCUGGGACUGAGACAGGGAGAGAGUCAGUAAUAUUUAUUCUAUUAGGCUCCCUCUCCCUAGCUUGGCUGACACAAAGACUUUGAUUUAGGUGCUAGCCAGACUACUCUCUCCCUGCCUCUGUCCCUGUCUCUGCUCCUGGAUUUGUCCCUUUUCUCUGUUGCUGUCAUAGUCUCUCCAGUCAGUGACCAUUGUCCCAUUGGCUGCAUUAGAGAUACUAAGCAACCUAAAUCAUAUCCACGCAUUAUUACAAAGAUACAUUUUAGAACUUUCAAUGAGCAGCAUUUCCUGUAUGAUCUGGGUUGUAUGAUUGGAAGGCUGUGUCCUCUAUCUCUGAUUUUUUAUUUAUUUUACCUUUAUUUAACUAGGCAAGUCAGUUAAGAACUAAUUCUUAUUUUCAAUGACAGUUGGUUAACUGCCUGUUCAGGGGCAGAACGACAGAUUUGUACCUUGUCAGCUCGGGGGUUUGAACUUGCAACCUUCCGGUAACUAGUCCACCGCUCUAACCACUAGGCUACCCUGCCGCCCCAGGGUAAAGGACAGCUCUAACUCAUGGUUCAUGCAUGAAUUAGCUGAAAGAUUUCAUGAACGAAACUUAGCUUGGGCUAAGGCUAGAUUGACUGAUUCUACCUCUGACUGGCAGUCCUUUAGGCAUUUCAGAAAUAGAUGUCUUACUCUGGUUAGAAAAGCAAAGUCAACUUACUUCUUGAAUUUUGUAUCUGAGAAUGUUGGAAAUCCAUCUAUAUUCUGGAAAGUGGUCAAAUCUCCCCCCAUUUCCCCAGUGGGUUAUGACAGCCUCUGGUCCCUUUCCUUCCAGUUCUCUGCUGCCAAUGACUGGAACGUAUUGCAAAAAUCACUGAAGCUGGAGUCGUAUAUCUCCCUCUCUAACUUUAAGCAUCAGCUGUCAUAGCAGCUUACUGAUCACUGU